GGCGAUAUGGCUGUGUCCAUGUCACGCGGACAGUGACUAUUUUGGUUUUGUGCCAUUUUCUUCGACCACCCAGUAUUUCUGGCCUCCCCUCUGUGGCGCAUGAAACAUGUUUGCGCGCCAUGUUGGCCGCCGGUUGUCCACGUCUGAAACAGUGUUGAGAGAGACCCGUCUUGCCACCAUCGCCACCAUCAAUCUCAGGACUCAGGAGACCUCUCGUUCUUCCUCGGUCUGCCGACAUCUGACCCGGUAGUGCUUCCUUGUGCCCCAUCUGUGCACUUGUCAUUCUUGCUGGGAAGGAUGAUCGAGUACCAAGCCUUGCAUCGAAUCUGACACUUGGGACAAUCUCCUCAAUAACCCCGUGGAUCGCGUGAUGCUGGGAAUCGCGACCACCGAAUGCGCAUCCCGCAGCUAGUGGUACCACUACCGGCUCCGACACGUCGAUAGCGUGGACCUUCCGGCUAAUGGCUCGUGGUGAGCACGAGCUAUUGCCGCAUCUAAAGGCGCCACUAGCCGUCCCCUCCCCCCUGCGGCUGUGGUUUCCUCCCCGGUGCAUUCGGAGAACCGAAUCACUCGGGUAUCAUGAUUGAAGCUGUAGAAUCACCCGCAGAUCUCUCUUCUUAUGCUCAAGGUGUUGUGUUAGCUUUUGGGAGCAUGAGAAGUCAAAGGCUUCAUGUCGUGUACUUACGACGUCGGGGUCUACCAUGCUUUUCGGAUGCUCGACGGCCUCGCUUGCGGCUCCUAUCUGCGUCCCCACCGCAUCUGGAACUGGAAGCUGUGUGCUCUAGGUUGGAGCAGAUGGCACAAUAGAAUCCGUAGCUCCUUCUGGCCAUCUUCCUGCGCAGCAAUGCACGACGGAGGUCAGCUGGGCGAGAAGAAGUACAUUCUCCGAUGAGAUUCUUUUUCGCUGUCGAGGCGAUGCCACAGCGGGUCCAUAGCUAGUGCAUCCAUCUCUCGGCAAGUGCGGCCGCGGCUCGCGCUACUGACCUGGAUCUCGACCGGGUCGUGCGGGAUUUUCCGAGAAAAAUAGCCGGAGCACCUGCUGUGACGGUUCUUCCGCUGUCUGUUUGGUACUUCCACCAUCCGGCGAAACGCAUCACACGCUGGCGACUGCGUUAAAACUCAAUCUAACUGGUGUGAUCGAGUUCUUGAUUGAAAUGCACUGGAAGAUUGAUUUGCCCCGACAGCAGGAUUCCCACAUGGCCUUGGAUCCGUGCUUCACACCUAUCGACUCGCUAGAAUUAACCUUGGAAGCGGUGGGCGUCAUCCAGUUAUGGAAUCCCUGUAUAAAGGCGAUGUGAUUUCAUCCCGUUGCACGUUAGUUAGCCUCAAUCCCCCCCGCGAAUGCCCCUGCAGCACCCGACCUGCACCGGACUCCGCGUCCGCACCACCGCUGAUGCUCAUGUCAUCUUCCACGCCGUCACGCUCGGCAUCCUCCCCAUCAUCACCCGCCGCCUGGACACCGACGAGCGGCGCGCCAUCACGUCCGGCUGCGUCUUCGUCUGGGAGGAGCGCGGCACGGGAAACGCAGAGCCGAUGGGGGUCAGUCUGUCCGUCUUGUCUCGCGCGGCCACCGCUGACAAGAGAGUCUCCUCCCAGCUCGGCAUUGAGCGCUGGACAGACUCGAUCCGCUGGGGCCCCAGUCGCGUGCGAGAGGAAUUUCUCUUCUACCACGAGAAGGACCCUGACCCUAUUGAGAUUGAUCUGGGUUACGAUUCGGAGACCGGCUCACCGCUGGGCUACGGACCUGCCCACAUGCUCCUCGAGCGGCAAAAUCUUGUCAAGCAGACGUACUCGGUGUUCGUAGAGACCGCCCAGGGCAGACGGAAAUGGCAUCUCACGGCGUACUUCACCCAGGACUCGCUGGACUACCUGCGCACGAUCGAGGACAUUCCGUGUCUGUCCCGCCUCCGGGUCCCACCCGGACUCUACAAAAGCGCACGCGCGGGCCCGGGGCGCAUCCGGAAUCGGCUCGCAGACCAGCCCUUGACGCCGUACCCGCGGCCGCCGCUCUCGCAGCCCCCAGACGACACACCGAUACACGUGAACGGGGUCUUCCAGAAAGUGCUCGCGCCGCUGGAGUACCUCGAGAACGUCCCCCCGCCGCGGCGGCACCCUCUCGACGAGAAGGCGCUCAUGUCGUUCUUUCCCGGCCUCGACUGAGUGGCAGCAGGCCACCCGAUGCGUUCUCUUUUCUUAUCUCGAUGUAUGGCAUAUGACCGACUGGAUUCCGAUAUUAUGUAUACCCCAGCAUGUUACUGAUAAAAUAACCAAGUAUGUAUCUAGUAGACUGAUCCCACACCUAUUCAAUAUCCAGUGUUCCCCGUCUUCUCUGGAGCAAUCCACAUCAGAAAGAGCACUGGCUCAUGCUAUCUUCGGAUCGAUCUGACGGCUGCCAACCAAAGCCCCUGCACAGCGAUCUGUGGGCUGCAGUGCCCACCAUCAUUCGAGCGUGGCGGUUCUCUCCUGCCUCGCACGGGGUGGGCCUGCUGCUACGGCCUGUGCACGCGAUCCGGGCUGCAGCCUCGCACCGCGCGCGGCCGAUGCAGUGGGUGGUGGUGCGGCGAGCUGCUUCCCUCGCUUCGCCGUCCAUCCACAUGGCUCCGGCCUAUGCCCAAAACGGCGUGCUGGCCUCGAGAUCCCAGGGAGGUGGCCAGAAAUGCAGUCGACGUACAGUAGUGCGCAUUCU